AUGUGUCCUACUAAAAACCCUAAAACAAAAACAGCUAAUGUUCCACAAACUGAUGUAGAUUCAACAACAACUGUUAUCAACACAGCUCUACACCAGUUACAUUUGGAUGUAGCCGAAUCUACCAAUGUUGCUGAAGAUCCUACAUCUAUGAAAAACUCAACAGAUAAAAAUUCAUUUAUUCCAAAUGCUAUGGAACCACCUCCAAAUGGCCCUCCACCAUUGAUGGGUAUGAAUUUCCAUUAUUCUCAAAUGAUGAAUUUACCACCACAUCAACAAGCCUCCUUUUUGCCAACACCUGAAUUCCAUCCACUGAAUAGAAACAAUUCUAAUGUAUUCCCUCCAAGUAAAGGUGCUGUUCCACCAUUGGAUUCAAAUAUUGAUAUGCCAAUCUUCCCUAAUAUCCCUGGUCCAGAUGGUAAUGGAUUGAACCCAUAUAACAUACUACCAUUACCUCAAUUAAUGCCACCACUCAAUGACCCCAAAAUAGUUCCCGUUUGGCCUGGUUCAAAUCCUGCUAGUCCAUCCAUAACAAACGAUCCACAAUUACCACCAACAACCGAAGGAACCAUAUCCAAUUUAAAUGCAGACGAUUCAUCCGCAAUCGAUGAUGGUUUGUCUUCUAUUAAUGUAAAGACUCCUGGCGCUGCUACUAUUGGUAUUAGGAGAAAAACUUUCCAUGCAUUAUCAACAAAGGACCUAGUUGAUAGUGCAAAUUCAAAUUUUGUGUCUUCUUCUAAUGAUAAGGGCGGGUCUAAUGAUGAACCAACUAGUGGUACAGUUAUAAAAGACAAUUCAACUACACUUGGCGGUACUUUUAAUGUUGGUGCAAAGACAAGAACUAUGUCCACUUCUGAUAGUAUUUCUGAUCGUAGCAAUAUCUUCUUACCCUCCAAUAACUCUGGUGAAUUAACCAGUAAAAAAUCCAAAAAAAUUACUGAAAAGUCAGACAAAGAAAAAUUAACAGAUAUGAACAACCCCAAGACUUAUGCAGCUGCUUACCCAUAUGGUGGCCCAUUACUACAAAAUAAUCCACUCCUUGGUGAUAAUAGUCACAUGACUGCAUCUUAUCCUAGUGGAUUACAUUCUCCAUAUCCAGGCAGCUUUGAAUUUGGAUCCCCAUUCCACGGAUUUUCUCCAAUAUUAGGUGGACCAACACCACCGUUACAUAGACAAUCCCCUAUUCCUCCAAUGGGUCCAUCCCCUAUUCCAAUGGGUCCAGCUCAUGAUGUGGCCAGUACUUCAGAGAAAGAAGAUAAUAAAGUCCAGAAUAUUAGUACUAAUGCAAUUGCUGAAAGCCCUAACAAUAUUCACUUCCCAUUCCAAAUGAUGCAACCUGGUCAUAGUGGAACUCCACCACCAUGGAUGUAUGGUAAUCCAGGAUUUAACCCUGUUAUGGGUGCUCCUCAUAGUCCACACCAUCCUCACCCUCAUGGUCAUGUACCUUUGAUUGCUGAUCAUCACGGUAAGAAUUAUACAUUCAAUUCUAACAAGAAUGAUAGGGGAAACAAUUUUAGAGGCAGACACAAAAACAAUGAUCCUCAUUUCUAUACUAAUGCCAACAAACGUAGAAUAGAAGAUAUUUCCCGUUUUGUAGAUGCUACGUUAGAUGAUUAUGUUGGAAACAUCUAUUCACUUUGCAAAGACCAAUAUGGAUGUCGAUUCUUACAAAAACAAUUAGAUAUUAGUGGAAAGGAGGCUGCUGCUAUUAUUUUUGAGGAAACCAAAAAUCAUACCAUAGAAUUAAUGACUGAUUCUUUUGGUAAUUAUCUUAUCCAAAAAUUAAUUGAAAAGGUUACUAUAGAAGAAAGAAAGACUCUAUCUGUGAUUUCUGCUCCAUUUUUUGUUGAUAUAGCAUUGAACUCUCAUGGUACAAGAGCAUUACAAAAAUUAAUCGAGUGUGUUGAUACUCCUGACGAAGCACAAAUUAUUGUUGAUGCAUUACGUGAUAAUGUGGUCACGCUAAGUAAAGACUUGAACGGUAACCAUGUCAUCCAAAAGUGUUUACAAAAAUUAAAACCUUCUGAAUUUCAAUUUAUUUUUGAUACUGCCUACGACCACUCCUUAGAAAUAGCCACACAUAGACAUGGUUGUUGUGUUCUACAACGUUGCCUUGAUUUUGGUACUAAAGAGCAGUCUCAAAAAUUAUGCGAGACAUUGCUAUCUAACAUUGAUAAGUUGACCCUAGAUCCAUUUGGAAAUUAUGUAGUUCAAUACAUAAUCAAUAAAGAGACCGAGAAAAAUGACUAUGACUACACUUACAAAAUUGUCCAUUUGUUAAAACCAAAAAUUACCGAAUUAUCAGUUCACAAGUUCGGUUCUAAUGUUAUUGAAAAAAUUUUGAGAACUCCAACUGUCUCAGAAUCAAUGAUUGUAGAACUGUUAAAUAAUGGCGGUGAAAAGGAUAUUCAAACCUUAUUAAAUGAUAGCUAUGGUAAUUAUGUUUUACAAACAGCUCUAGAUAUUUGCCAUAAACAGAAUGAUUAUUUAUAUAAUAAAUUUUCAAGUAUUGUUGGUCCAUUGCUAGUAGGACAAGUGAGAAAUACCCCCCACGGGAAAAGAAUUGCUAAUAUGUUAAACUUAUCUCAAUCUACCGAAACAUAA